CUUAAAUCUAAAAGUCUAUUACAGAAAAAAAAACACAACACAUUAUAGAACUCUAAUUAAUAUUUAAAUUGUCUUUUGUUAAUAAUAAUAGUAAAAAUCACAAGACAAUAAUAAAAGCUGAUUAUCAUUUAUCAACAUGCUGCCGUUUUUAAGAAUUGGAUCAAUAAAUAGGUGCUCAAUAACACACAAUGCUUUGAAAAUACAACAAGUUAGAUUGUCAAGUAAUGAUAAUGACUCUUCAUCUUCUUCUGAUUCAUCAGACUCUGACAAUGAACAAGUCAAAUCAACAAAAAAAAUAAUUACUGACAAUACUAGUUUAGAUGAAACUAAAAAAGAAACUGCUAAUUUGUUAAAUAGUUUAUUGACAAAAAUGACAGAGGAAAAAUUAGUUACAAAAACUAUUGAUUUUGCUGUACCAAAAAAAAAGCCAUUUUUAAAAAAAGAAAAAAUACCUACAUUAGAAGAAAAUAUUCAAGUUGCAGCACGACAAGCUGCAUCAAGUCUUGGUGGUGAUGUUGAACAAAAAGAAAAAGAUCUAUUGGGAAAAGUAUUUUCAGCUGGAGUUCCAGGAUUAAAUGAAACACCUGAGAAUUUAAAAGAAACACCUACUAAAUCACUUGGUGAAAUUUUAUCUGGUAUGAAAGUUGACAAUACAAAAAGACCAGCAAAACAAUUUUCUCAUGAUACUAUGCCAUAUUCAAGAUCAGCAAAAAUUCAAGAAUUAGCAAGAAAAUUCCAAAAUGUUCGUAAACGUGAUGGAUUUAAUGAGACACGUACUCCCAUCAAUGUUGGAGAAAAAGGACAAGCAGCUGAUUUGUUUGGUGGACGUCCACUUGGAAUAUUUAAAAAAAAUAUGGAACAAACAGGUGAAACAGUUACAUUAACAACUUGGGAAAAAUUAUACGAGAAAGAAUUAAAUAUGCUGUUGGUUCAUCCACCAGAAAAUUACUUCCAAGAAUUAAUACAGUGGACAAAUCGUGGAUUAAUUUGGAAAUUUCCAAUUGACAAUGAACAAGGAUUAGAAGCUGAACAAAGUGUUCAUUUUUCUGAGCACGUUUUUUUGGAAGGACAUAUCAAAGAUUGGUGUCCUAAAAAAGGACCAAUUCGUCAUUUUAUGGAGCUAGUUUGUGUUGGAUUAUCGAAAAAUCCUUACAUGACUGUUCAAGAAAAAAAAGAUCAUAUUGCAUGGUUUAGAGAAUACUUUGGACUUAAUCAAGAGCUACUUAAAGAGCUUAAUUGUAUUCAAGAUGAUAUACCAGUUGAUGUACCUAAAGAUAAAAAUCUUUUUUCAAUUGCUGCAUCAUAAAUUAAUUUUGUAAAUAUCAUUAAUCAUUUUGAAAAUAUAUACUAUUAAAAUA